ACUAAAGAAACAGAGAGAGAGGCUCUCUUCUUCGAUCAAAAGAAAAAAUAUUUGCGUCGUCAUCAUCGUUGUUAUUCUUUAGGGUUUUUACACGAGUUCCUUCUGCUUCGUGUUUACAUUAUGAGUCAUCAUCCAGAAGUGAAGUGGGCUGAGAGAGCUGAUAAGGUUUAUUUAACUGUGCAAUUGACUGAUGCUAAGGAUGCAGAUGUUAAGCUUGAUCCUGAGGGAGUCUUUAAUUUCUCUGCUAAAGCUGGAUCUGAUAACCAGCUUUAUGAGCUUAAGCUUGAGCUUAACGAUAAGGUCAAUGUAGAGGAAAGCAAAAUCAACAUCGGAUUAAGAAGCAUAUUCUGCAUCUUGGAGAAAACAGAACCGAAAUGGUGGAAUAAGCUAUUGCGUGGAGGGAAACCGCCUCACUAUGUUAAAGUUGAUUGGGACAAGUGGGUUGAUGAGGAUGAAGAUACCCCCACUGGUCCUGAAGAUAUGGAUAUGGCUGGAAUGGGCGGAAUGGGUGGAAUGGAUUUCUCGAACUUUGGUGGAAUGGGAGGCAUGGGUGGGAUGGGGGGUAUGGAAGGCCUCGGAGGGCUUCAAGGGCUUGGUGGAAUGGGAGGAAUGGGUGGACUUGGCGGAAUGAACAGUAUGGAAGAAUUUGAAGAUAGUGAUGAUGAAGGAGAAGAAGCCAACUCUGGAGACAAAAAGGAGGAAAAUCAAGCUCCUGCCCAUGCGACAGAAGAGGCGAAAACCGAAGAGCAAACAGCUGUGAAGAGUGACAAAUGAAAAAACUGUCCUUAAAACCAUUUGGUAUGACUAACCGAGAAGAGUCUUUAUGUGUUUAUAAAUAUUAUUGCGGAAUGGUUCCAUCUUUUAAAUCAAUUCCCUCUGCUUACUUUUUUUUUGGGAUUGUUGAGUUCUCUUAUAUGGUUUGAUCUUUUUUUUUUUUGGUCAACUUAAAAUGUUCUUUCGAACAUGCAAUUGUUUGGUUGUUGUGAUGACAUAAGAGUUUGUGAGAAGAAGCUCUUCUUUAA